AUGGCGCCUCUUCUGCUGUCUCUCGGGCUUCUCAUAGCCGGCUUCUGCCAGGCUAUGCCAACAUCCCUGGACGCCCACAAUGUCGCAAGACAGAACCCCUCAGUAGAAAUCAUCUACCAAUUCCCACCCACGAUGGCGCCCGAGAACACCAUCCUCCGCCGCAACGGCCAAAUGCUCGUAACAUGCCUAACCUGCAACGUCCUCUCACAAGUCGACCCUGAACUCGGCCCAGACCAGGAACGCCGCACAGUCUUCACUUUCCCAGACGCGGUUAUCGACGUCCUAGGCAUCGAUGAGCUGAGCCCGGAUGUCUUCGCCGUGGCAGUCGGACAGGUCGAUAUCUCGGAUCCGUUGAACAUCACGAGUAAUCUGAUCCGCGGACCGACGGGGAUGUGGAUCGUGGAUCUGAGGGACUACCAGGCUCCGGCGUAUGAUAGCAGUCUCGUCCGCGCACACCGCGUCGGCGGGGCGAGUCUGGGCGGGUUAUUCGACGGUGUGGCGGUGAUCAACCACGAGAAGGGCCUCGUCGCCGCGACAGAUUUCGUAGAGGGGAAUAUCUGGCUAGUGGACAUCCCUAACAACCGCACGACCGUCCUGGUCAACAGCCUCCUGUUGAGCGCCAGUGGCGGCAGUCUGUCGAGCACGCUCCUCGCCAACGGACUGAAGAACCUACGGAUACGUCCCCGUCGACCCUAA